AUGAAGCCAGUUGGACGUUCGCUGAACGAUUUGCGCAAGCAGCAACGCCGAUCUGUUCCAUCGCUGAGGCGAUCGUCGUCCGCAUAUUCGUCCGGCAGCUUCAAACCACUCAGCUCUAGCGCUGACUUCUUUGAAGACAUCGAAGAUCUGAAAUCGCAACUUAGCCCGGAUGGCUCCCUCAGAUACUGUUGGCAGCACUCACAAAAAGAGCAUUUGGUCAAAAAACUAUGCCUUCGGUUGCAGUGUAUCUACAAGAAAUCUCGAAUCCAUGGCGCAUUUCCCAUACUUAUUCUGGCUGCAUAUUCGUUUUUUGGCGGUUUCAUUUUUUACCUAAUUGAAUAUCCUCACGAGCGGCUGAUGCUGGAAGAGAAGAAGGCUUACUUUGAGCGUGAAAAGCGCUCCAUGCAUCGCCUUUUGCUGAGUAUCGAGCUGGUGCUGCACCAAAUUCGAGCCAAUCACAGCACUAAUCGUUAUCUGCUUAGCAAAACUAUUCGCAUCUAUCAGAGAUUCGCUCUUAACCGUAUUGAUAAGGCAGUCUACUGGUACGUUCUCAAUAUGUAUCAUUUAUCGGAUCAAGAAACCUAUAGGGCUUCGAUUUUACAACCAAGAGCAGAUGGUUGCCUUAUUUCAGCACUAACUUCGGCCAAAUGCGUGCUCUCCAAAAUUACACAGAGCAGGUAUCACUUCCGGAUUUGCAUAAAACUUUAUACCUGUGGAUAG